AUGUUUCUUACGACGAUAGCCUUAAUCUUGAGUGUGAAAUUAACACCUUUCAGUGGCAAUUUACUGCGCAACAGCGAUUUUAGUCAAGUACAAACGAAUGGGAAACCGAAUUAUUGGAAUGUUACUAUUCAACGAGGGAAUGCAGCAUUAAAAGUUCUUCCUCGGAAAUAUCUAGCACUCAAUGUCUUUCAGAUUUCAGCGCACAUCAAUCCAACCGCACUGACCUUCACUCAAAUGAUUCGACUAGAGCAGAAUACCAAUAAACGGUUUCUUUACCUAUCCUUCUGGUACAAGACGUUAUUCGUGAAAAAUUCAGCCAGUGUUCGUUUCGAAUUCUACAAUCAAUCGAACGUUAGCAUUAUGAGCGAAUAUAUAAAAUCUCUUUUCAAAAAUUCAACGUGGACUUACCAUCAAAUAACAAAACCGAUUCCUUCCAAAGCAGUCUUUGGGAAAUUUCUAUUGACAAUGAAUCGUAGUGUCGGAACCAUUCUACUCGCCAAUAUCUCUAUUGAACAAGCUAAUCAUUGGUGGAAUAGUGCUAACUUUUUCGUAUCCCCACGAUCAGACGGGACAUUAUUUAUUCGAUGGAACUUUACAAAUAAUACAAAACAGAUUGCAUUCUAUGAAAUCUAUCGAGGUAAAGAAAUAUUGUCAACACUCAAUACCUCACAUCUGCUAGUUACGAUUCCCGUAAUACCAACGUACGGAAAAAACAUCUAUGAAUCAAUGUAUACAGAUCAUACCGUUCAUUUGAGUACAAUCUAUACAUAUCAAGUAAUAGCACGAUAUCUAAAUCGAAGCAUUGUUGCACAAACGGAACUUAUUAUUGGUCAAGCAGAUCUCACAGAAAACUACUAUACUAUUACUACUUUGAUUGCUCUUCCUAGAGUAGAUGGCAUUCAUCUCAGUUGGCAACUUGAUGGCAGAAGUACGGCUAAAUAUAUAGUCCUAUAUAAUGGUAUUGAUCAUAUCUCGGAUGUCAACAGUACGAGUGCGCAGAUUUUAGGCGUUUAUGCAGUUCAAGAGAUGAAAACAAUCGUUCCAUGGACCAAGAAUGAUUUGUUUCUUCUUGUCUCAGACGAUGGUAAUCAAACAGCUACUGCUAAACUUGCAGAUCUUACACGUUCACGUGUUGUUCUUACGUCAACGCGUCUUGCGUUUAUUCGUGAGCAAAUCGAUCGAGUAGGACAUGCACAAGAAGUAUUCAAGGCUCUUAUUAAAUCUGUCUAUAGCUACAAACCUGAUAGUAUUUAUAGUUAUUGUUGGCUGGCAAGAGAUGCUGCUCUUCUCUAUGCGAUAACAAAAAAUAAAAAAUAUAUCAAUUUGGCAUUAGCGGCACUAGAAAUAAACAGCAUGAAUUAUACUAUCUAUGAUAACUCUGCGAUUAAACUUCGUUUUGCUUUCAGUACCAUGGCACGAGCACAAGUUUUCGAUUGGAUCUACGAUGGAUUAAAUCGAGAACAACGUCAAUUCUUCGUACGUGAUUUCCAGUAUACUGCAUCGAUAUUUGCAUCUUAUUCAGAUGAUCAUUCGCGAAAUCCAAAUGAUAAAGCAAGUAACUGGGUGGCUAUUAUUAAAUCAGCAGAAUUGAUUCAACAUUUAACUCUUUACGGUGAAGAAGAGUAUCCACAUGAUCAAGCAGAGCGACGAAUUCUAUUUCUAUUCAAUGAACUCCAAUUACAUCUUGGUCAUGCUUAUGGUCCUUCGGGCUACACGCAAGAAGGUUUAAAUUAUCUUGCGUAUACUAUUCCGAUCCUCGCUCCAGCUAUUUAUCUAACAAAAGAUAUGGGCCUUUCGAUAUUCGACGACGCUUGGUCUCGACCUGAUUGGCAUAAUCUGGCAUUACAUAUAAUUUCAUUUCGAAAAGAACGAAACGCUCUACAGUUUGGUGUUUCGACACCUACCUAUGCUUAUAAUGGGCUUCUGCCAUACAUAUUCAAUUCCACUACUGAUCCAAAUGUCAAAGCUGCUCUCAAAUGGUUUUAUGAUCGCACCAUGGGAAUGAAUUCGUCACCAUCCGCGUUCGAUGGUAAAGAUAAAUGUGCAGCACUAUUCUAUUAUCCUUAUGACAUUCCUGAACAAUCUCCUCACGUUGUAUUUCCGCGUUCGACUUCGAUGAUCGUUGACAAUAUCGAAGGAUUUUAUGUUUUUCGAAAUCGCUAUCAAGAUCAGAACGAUGUGUUAGUUGCACUAGUAAAUAGAAAUCGACGUCGUAAUGGUUGGAAUGCGAAUGAAACAUUCGCUUUGUCCAUCAUCAGCCAUGACACCACUUGGGCAAGAAUGCCAGGAAAGGAAUUUAUAUAUUCCAGUCAAACAAAGAAAUUCAGCACACCAUUGAUUGAUGGAUGGCCUCGAGAACCAUCCAGAAAUCACAAACUUGGUUAUACAACAUUAGUGAAGCCGUUUCAAAAUCAAGGUGGUGGAUAUGUUUCUCUUGAUGCUAGCAAUAAUUUCAAUAUUUCAUGUGCUCAACGAAGUAUUCUUGUUGAUAUGAUCAAAAGGAAUCGUAUUGAAACAAUCAUUGCUUUACAAGAUCAUUUUAUUGAUGUUCUGUCGCAUGCUUGGCAUUGGCAGCUAAGUCCAAAUCCAGAAGAAACAAAUAUCACAGUAGGAUAUGAAAAUAAUCUUUCCAUAUUUAUAAUCAGAGGACGAAAUCAAUGUUGGCUUAAAGGUUGGUUGUAUAACUAUCAAAAUGCGACGUACAAUAACACCGAUGGAGUUCUAAGAAUCAUCAAAUAUGGCUCAAGUGCAAAUUUCAAAAUUGCCAUGGCACUUGGUAGCGGCAUUGAACCAACUGCAAGCAGAACAACAGAUGGUCUUAAGUUUGACACUACUUGUGUCAAUUUUAACACAUUAUCAAACGGUAUACAAUGCCCAACAACAACUCAUCCAUUUACCACCAGAUGGCCCAUUUUACUCAUUGUCAUUGCGACAAUAUUGACUGCGCUUAGUAUUCUUAUUCUGAUUGGUAUUUUAAUGAGAAGAAUCAUUAAAAGAUAUGAUCGUGUGGAUCCAAUAACGAAGAUCAAUAGCAUCGACAUUGAUAAGCUAGCAUCAUUAUCGAAAAUCAACGUUGCAAAUCAAACUCGAUUUUAA